AACCAAGAAGGAGACGCUCUGGCCCACUUUCCAGAGGGGGCUUCUGCGGAGUCCCCUGGCCAUCCGUGCCCCCGCGGUUUUGGCGGCGCGCGCUGCACUCAUGGUGAACUUGGGGCUGUUGCGCGUGGAGGAUGAAGUGGCGGCCAAGCACCCGGGGCUGUCGGAAUAUGCGGCCUGCCAAUCCUAUGCUUUCAUGAAGGGCAUUGGCACCUUUAUCACAGGCACUGGGGUGGCGUUUGUCCUUCAGAAGUUCAACCAGAAGAUGCCCUAUUCAUUGCACUGGAACAUCCUCAUUUCCUUGGUUGUGGGUUCAGUUGCCAGCUAUGCAGUCACCCGGCAGGAAACCAAAAAGUGUACUGAGUUAUGGAUGUUCCUGGAGGGCAGAGAGCCCCUGCAGAAUGUGGCCACAGAAAAAGUGCCCACUCAGGAUCCCAAAGAGAAAACAAGAACAGGAGAGAAAAGGAACAAGUAUGGAGAUGUUGUGAAUUAGCCAGAAGGUCCUCUCAGCAGGCUGGCAGAGAGGAGAAGUCUCCUGUGCACAGCUGGACUGAGCUUCAUGCAGCUGGAACUCUUUCUAGGUUAGGGCCCAGUGAGGGGUUAUCUUAAACAUGUACUCUAUCAGUUCCCCUUGCCUUACUGUAACGUUAGUUAGGGAAACAUGGGAUGUGUUGACCCUAUGCAAUUUGUUUUUCCGCUCAACCAAAAACGUUACUUUGCAUCAUGUCUUUCCCUUUCCAAAAAAGCUGGGUAGAGAACAGUGGAAUCUAGAUGCACAGCAGUUGUGCUUUGGAUUUUGCACUUGGUUGAAUUCUUCAGUAGUAUGCAAUUCAGCUGCAUCCUGAAAAGUCAACCCGGAAAUCUGGUUUUGAUUAAUCACUUUACAAUAAUGUGUUUGUUCUCUUCGGGGAACCAAAAUAAAUAUAUUUGUGAAUUA